AUGGAAAGGAUUUUAACAGUGAGAAAUAACACAAAUAAGCCGGACAGACCUGGGCCAAAAAAUGCGGAACCAGUCAACGAAGAACCUCUUACUAUAGAAGAAAUACGAAGUUGGGCGGAAUCCUUCGACAAACUUAUGAAAAAAGCAAAAACUCUGAAGAGUGGUUGGUUUUAUCAAAAACAGAGUAUUUUUGCAAGACUUACGGAAUUAAAGCUGUCAGUUGUGCAAUGUCCAAUAUUCUUGCCAGCGGGGAAAGUAUACAUUUGUCCGAGAACGCGCCACAUAAAAUCAACAGCGGGUAGAAAAGUUUUCCGCGAGUUCUUACGAUCAGAAUACAGCGAAGAAAAUAUGUUGUUUUGGCUAGCAUGCGAAGAACUGAAACAGGAACAGAGCUCUGAAGGCGUCGAGGAGAAAGCUAGAUUAAUUUACGAAGAUUAUAUAUCUAUAUUAUCGCCCAAAGAGGUUAGUUUAGACUCAAGGGUUAGGGAAGUAAUUAAUCGGAAUAUGGUAGACCCGACUCCGCACACCUUUGACGAGGCACAAUUACAAAUAUAUACCUUAAUGCAUCGAGAUUCUUACCCGAGAUUCCUUAAUUCUCAAAUAUAUAAGAAACUUAUACAGCAGUACUCAUGAAGUAGGAUUUCUAUAGAUUUAUUGUUUGUUUGUGAUCGCCGAGUGGGUGCCAGUGAAAUUGAAAGUUGGAAGUUGCAGCAUUGAAUGCUUAAAAGAUUGCUAGCUGGGAUCAUGAGCUGUUUUAUUAUUUAUUCGAGGAAAAUGCCAAUGUGCGUUUGGCGUCCCCCGUUCUACCGGCGGCAACAGGUUUCUAAAGUUGAAGCGAAAACGGACGCUCACGAGCUACACUCACUACAAUAAUUUGUUUUUAUACACGAUUGUCGUUUACAUGACGAAGGAGACGUUGAACCUAGGUGUUUGAACGUAUAACGGAUACGUGUAUUAGUAUUUAACACUAAUCUCAUUGAUGUUAUGCUUUAUGCUAUAAAAAUUCCAGACGUCUUUGUUCGGCAACGGACGGCCAAAUUUUGAACUGUUGUGUUAUAAUAUGUUCCUUUUCCAAAUAAGGACAUUGCAUUACUGUGAAAUUUUACUUGCAGAUGUGUUGUUUUAUGUACAUCUAUUGUAUGUAUGUUUCUUACAUAACAGCCAUUCGUUACUUAUAUGACGAAAUUUUUAUAGUUUAAUAUUUUAUGAAUACGUUUAUGCUAAAAUACCCAUGAUAACGCUUUCAUAUUACAAGAGUGGGAGUAGAAAUACCCAUGAUAACGCUUUCAUAUUACAAGAGUGAGGGUAGAAAUACCGAUGAUAACGCUUUCAUAUUACAAGAGUGAGGGUAGAAAUACCCAUGAUAACGCUUUCAUAUUACAAGAGUGAGAGUAGAAUUCUGUCAUUAAUUUUAGAUUAAGAAUAAUGUACAUUAAUAAAUAAGCAUUUCAGAAAGUACUGUACACAACAUGUCUAGCAUAACUUUGUUUCAUUAAUUGAUUUAAUUAGGUAAAGAGUUGUUGUUGUUUUUGUUAACUCUUUUCCUCGGGGAGGGGUUAAAUAAUGAUACUAUUUUUGAAAGACUUGAAGCUCAAUAUCAAAUUAUCUCGAAUUCACCAGACGAAGUCUUCUUAUUGAAAAAAGAAGCAUAUGUUCACGUUUACUUUUACAAAAUGACAAAGCUUGAAUAUACUUGACAAGUUAACAAACGCCUUUCAAUGUAUAUAUUGAUUCAAUACGCUAAACUUAAUGUGCAUAUGAGACCAUUAUCACAUAUGGACCCCCUUUUUAAUCAGUCCUGCUUAUUAUCGCCUAUAUUUUAUACUAAUGGCGUCUAUACUAAAAGCCUUAGUCCAUUUUACCCACCUGAUGAUAUUAUGCUACGAACCUUAGACCGAAACUGUUCUUAUUCUCGCCAGACAGGCUUUACGCAGGACCAGAGAUAUACGUCUUCCGUCUUUGAGUCCAUUCUAAAUUGAACAAAUUAUGAUCAUAAGGUAAAUGUGAAUAUAAUUUCGUCACAAAAUGUGUGUUAUGUUAUUCCAGUUUGUCCCACUUUUUCUACAUAUCCUCCGUGUACGUCUUGUGCGUCCAAUUCUGUGUUUGUAUUAUAAUUAUAAAGAAUGAUUGCAACUCCUGACAGCUUUAAUACAUUGUAGAAGUACAAGAACACUCGGACAGUAUGAAACACAUUUAAGUUUUAUCUUGGGGAGCACAAAAUAGCACAUAUAAAAAUACCUGAUAUUCAAAAAAGUUUGUAUAUUUUUAAUUGUGGCGUCUUUGGGAAAUUACGGGAAUUAAGUGAAUAUAUUGAGUUACCUUCCAAUUAUAAUAUACAUUUAAAUACCAGAAAGUUCUGUUACUAUGGGUUGCAUGUUCUCAAUAUUUAAAAUGCCACUGUACACAUGUUUAGAUUGUUUCUAUCGUCUGUUGCUUGGUUGCGCGGUCAGUACAACACUAAUUCUAUAGAAAAAUAUGCAAAAACAGUCGAUCAGAAUUUAUAGUUAAAACGAAGAUAAGAAGUAAGAUUUCUUAAAAUAUUCUAUAUACAAUUUCUAAAAUAUUUUUAAAUUUAAUACUUGCAUUUGGAGACUGAAUAUCGAAGGUGUAUUGUACAUAAGAUACAUAAGGACUUAGAUCUACUGGCAGUUAUGCUCGAGUGUUAGACACAAUUGGACUGGUAAAAAGCUUUUAAAUUAAACAACGUAAUUUCUAUGUCUAGUGACAUGUAGAGUACGAGCUAUAUAUGUACAACGCUGAAUAAAUUUAUAUUUCCUACUGAAAACUGUUGAUAAGUUAACAUUUUGUCUAUAAAAACGGUGUAACUUCUGCUUCUAGCGUUUUGAGGAAUUAAUUUUGGCGAGACAUCUUUCAUCCAUGACAUUAAGUUUGACUUGACACUUACGCGCAGAUUUUGUAACAUUUAGUGAAGAAAUACGUGCAUGGAAGAUAGCAUAUACAUACCAUAUUCUCAUGAAAAACGUGUUUAUUAGAUCGGGGUUUUUUGGUAAAAAUUUUAUCCGUCUCGAAUUACCUUGACUAUACCAUUUUAAUUUUAUACUACAAAAGACAUUACUUAAUAGUUAUGUGAAAUAUUCAUAAUCCGAAACGGUUUGCUGUUUAGAAGGAGUAGAAAAGAUGUAGAAACGAUUUCUGUAAUAAUUCUGUAAGAUGUGCUCUUUCGAGUCAUAUUCACAAGAGACACAUAUUGUAGUUUAUAUAUAUCAUGUUUAAACGAAAACGCUGUAUUGCGAUUUCAUGCUGUCACUUAUUUUGUAAUACCAAAUUUCAUUUGUAAUACCAAAAUAUUGAUAAGAAUGAUCUGAGAACGACUAUAUUAUGCUGUAUAAAAUGCAACGAGUUCGAACCCUACACGAGUAACCAUGUGUAUUUUAAAGGGACCAACUAUGAUUGUUUUGACCUUUAAGAAAUAUUACUGUAUUGUGCAUUUAGGUUUUGCUAGAGUUUUAUCUUCAUUUUGUUUUAUGUUAAUUUAAGUUACAGACGUCUGUGUUCUUUUGAUAAUGGGGCCAUUUUGUAUUACUUUAACUAUAUUUCAUUCUUCUGUAUGUGCAUUUUGCCGGGCGACUUUAUCAUUUAUAAUCAUAGUGGGAUAUUCCGAAUUUUAAGUUAUUUUUCACAGAAAUGAUACGGUUGCGUCUUCAAAUAACGAGAAUGGAGAAUCUGCAUAAGUGUAUAUCCGUGUGAUAUGUAAAACUGUCACUGUAGUAAGUCGUGCUUAACAAUAUGUUCAUAUAAUUUAUUUGAUUUACAACAUUUGAAUAAGUCUUAAGUUAUUUUAGCUUAUUACUAUCAAACUUUAUUUGUGUAUAAAGUUUUUGAAAUAUG